AUGGGCCACCAGAUACACCGAGCACAGGAUGGCUCGACUCCGCCGCCACAUCGACCGCAUCCGCGUUUGUCUGUGACACACAUAUCUCCGUGUUUAUCUCACUGUGUUCUCCGUCGAGUUUUCGCCAGCACAUGUAGGAGACAGAUACAAGCAACAAGUGUAACCGCCCCCCCCCCCCCCCUCCCUCAUAUGUCGGAAGGCUUGUCGUCCCUGCGGCUCUACGGCGCGCGGUGCGGGGGUUGUCUGCAGGAGCCGACUGCACCUCUUCUCCCCAACUUCGUCUGGUUCGCGCCAGUGGAACCGAGUUCCGUGUGAAUCUCUGACAAAGCUGCCGAGGCGUUCGAGGACUUGUCGUCUGGCUGCGGGAGGCUGAGAGAAAACAUUAAAGAUGCAUUUCUCCAUACCCGAAACUGAGGUUCGUUCGGGAGAAAAUGGAUCAACCUUUGUGGCCUACAACAUCCAUGUCAACGGGGUCCUGCACUGUCGGGUACGCUACAGUCAGCUUCUCGGCCUCCAUGAACAGAUAAAGAAAGAAUAUGGAAGCAAUGUGGUGCCUGCCUUCCCCCCAAAGAAGAUCUUCACACUGACUCCUGCUGAGGUGGAACAGAGACGGGAACAGCUGGAGAAAUACAUGCAGGCUGUACGUCAGGAUCCCUUGCUCGGAGCCAGUGAGAUGUUCAACAGCUUCCUAAGGAAAGCACAACAGGAGACGCAGCAGAUUCCCACAGAAGACGUUUCUCUAGAUAUCUGCCUCUCCAACGGUCAGAAGGUCACGGUCAACAUUCUGACCUCCGAUCAGACGGAGGAUGUCCUUGAUGCUGUUGCAACAAAGCUGGACCUCCCAGACGACCUUGUUGGUUAUUUCAGCCUCUUCCUCAUUCGUGACGGUGUGGAUGGAGGUUUAACAUUUGUAAGGAAGCUGCAGGAGUUCGAGCUGCCCUACGUAUCCAUCACCAGCUUGCGGAGCUCUGAAUUUCACAUACUCCUACGGAAAAGCUACUGGGACAUGGCGUACGACAGUGAUGUGAUGGACAACAGAGUUGGCCUGAAUUUGCUAUAUGCCCAGACAGUGGCCGACAUUGAGCGAGGCUGGAUACUCGUCAACAAAGACCAGCACCGGCAGCUCAAAUCGCUGCAGGACAAAGGCUCCAAGAAAGAGUUUAUCCAUCUAGGUCAGACGCUCAAAUAUUAUGGCUACAUCAAGUUCGACCCGUGUAUUACCGACUUCCCCGAGAAGGGCUGCCAGGUCAUCGUCAGCGCCGGCAACAACGAGCUCAACUUCCACGUCAAGCUGCCCAACGAACAGAUGAAGGAGGGGAGCUUCAAGGUCACGCGCAUGAGGUGUUGGCGAGUCACGUCUUCUCAAGUCCCAAUAGCCAACGGUACGACCAAUCCCUGCAGCUCCGCCAAGUGCGAGGUGAAGCUGGAGCUGGCCUUCGAGUAUCUGAUGAGCAAGGACCGCCUCCAGUGGGUCACCAUCACCAGUCAACAGGCUAUCAUGAUGAGUAUCUGCCUUCAGUCUAUGGUGGACGAGUUAAUGGUGAAGAAGUCAGGCGGCAGCAUAAAAAAGAUGCUGAGGAAAAGACACAACGGCUCCAUCCACCAGACGGACAGUCAGCAUGCUGUGAAAUCUCCCCCUCUGCUGGAGUCCCCUGACCAGAACCGUGAACAAAUCGUCAAACUGUCUACCAAGCUGAGCUCGGUGUCCCUCCGAGGGAUCAGCGCCUCCAACUCGGCAAACGACAUCAGUGGCAACGAUUUCCACGGCAACUAUGCUUUCGAGGGAAUCGGAGAUGACGACCUGUAACCUUCUCCUCCUCCUCCCCCUUCUUCAUCCCACUGUCAACAACUGGGAUGACAGAAGAUCACGAGCUGAGCUGAGCCGAGCCGAGCAGAGCCGAGCGAACCACACACUUGUCCCAUUCUGCAAGAUUGUAGCUUCUUCCUGGAGAAAUCGCUGCCUUAAGCUCUCGUUUAAUCGUUGACAGUGUCCUUUCUUUUAAAGAACUUACGUCUAAAAGCUCAUUUUUAAAUUUGCAUUCAGGUCACACAAUCAUCACAUUCAAUCGGAAGUUCGACCAUAUUACAGUAGACUUGUGGCGACACGCAGCAGACGGCAUGUAAAACUGCAGGUACAUAAAAAACCGGAGAUCUUCUGCUUCGGUUUCAUUCACGUGGAUUUCGUCGACGGCAUGUGCAAAGUUGUUGAGGUGCUGUACCACCACGCUAAAUUAAUAUAUUAUAAGAUUACACGGAGAAAAACCUGCUACAUCCUGGAUUCUUCCCCCAGCGGCUGCAUGAUCCUUUUCAACCAGAGAGCCAAAUGUUCAGUUUAGACCUGGCACUAGUGAUGUUACAACAGAACCAGAUGUGGACGACGAGUCCAGCCAAUGUGUUGAAACUGAUCUCAAAGACUGUCGACUACUCGUGUGUACGAUCAUCGGUUGGCUUGGCUACGAACCAAAGUGUCAUAUUUUUAUACUGUCAGUGAUCCUCUGUGUGCCGUCGCCAUUCGUGUGCCGAGUCGGUAAAUAUCUUAGCAAAGACACAGGCGGUGGUUUUUUUUUUUUCAGCUUACGUUUUAGGCACAGUCACUCACGCUGCCUUCAGAAGUCGUCUGAUGCCUUAACUUUGACUUUUUGUUAUUUUCGCCUCGUGGAUUUCUUCUCGUCGUUCAAUGCGGCGCUGGCUCAAACGUCACGAUCAGCGUCGGCCCGGCGUUCCUUAGAAUCUUGCAGAACUUGAUCGAUGGUUGAUUUGGCCGAGCUGCUUGCACUUUGCCGAACCCAUCGUUUUUUGCACAGUAUUACAGGUGGAGAUGAAUGUUUUCGAGUGGACGCUUGAGCAUGACUUUAAACAUUGCGUGGAGAUUUUAUUUUUUUCCCGAGGGGCCUCCAUAAAUCCAUCUGUGAUUUAAAUUUUUUUUAUUUUAAAGCAAUUUCUUUUUUUAUUUCAAAGGUUUCUCAUUAAUGCCAAAUUAUAGUUUACUAAAGCAUUUUGCACAAAAUAAACACAAAAUUAUGACAAUGUCACUUUUUAUAUCAUGUACAUGCAAUUUAAGUAUUCUGAACAUUUACUAAUAUCUUUUAUCAUCAUAGCUUAUUGUAAUCGAAUAAAUCAAAUGUAAUCUAAGCUGUAUAGAACAAAAAGUUUAAAUGGACUAACAUUUAUCAUUGUUUACAUACUGUUUUUAGGGGACUUUCUUUAGGGGUGUGUUUACAAAUUUUUGCGUCUGAUUUUCAUUGUCUUGUUCUUCGUCUGGGCUUCACUUCAUUCUAAUUCGUACGUUCAUCGUGCCAAUCAUCUCAGAGGAUUUAGUCCAGAAAAAUAAGGUGCUUGGGUGAAGUGGCUGAUGUGAUCACAAUUGCUGGAGUGAGUAACGUCUAUGGAGGGUCGGGCGACAAAACAAACAUAUCCAACAGUUUUAAAAGUCUUGUCUUUUCCAUAUUUUAUAUGUGGCUUCAGUUAUUUUUAAAAAUCUGCCUGUCGCCGUGUUUCGAAGCCUCUAGAUGUAAAUCGAUGCCAACUGGUCAGCAGCUUUACUGGUAGCCACAACUGUAAACAAAAUGUUCUCAAUAUAAAAUGUCUCGUGCUUUCACUGCUGUGCUUCUUUGUUCCUCAGUCGUAUUUUUUCAGUAGAGGGAUGUGUGGACACCGGUCGUCUUUAUUUUCUCAAUUCCUGUCUCAAUACCAAGUACGCGGAAACUGCGAGGUCCUUGGCUGCUCAAUGUGUAGGUGCCAAAUCACACGUUAAGUGCAUUAACGUCUCAUCACUUAUUAAACUUAAAUGUCAAAUUCCAUGAAGAUUGUAUCGAUUCAUUCUGCUUACUCAUUCUGAUUCGAGUGGUGAGGGCGGUGGCAAAGUGUUUGGUCUUGUUUGUCAUGAUGCUCAAAUAAAUUGUGAAAUGCGA